AUGGACCCAGUAACAGCUCAUGGACGCCCUCUUCCUCCUCCUUUCCUCACAAGAGAUCUUCAUCUAAAUCCACACCAUCAAUUUCAACAUCACCACCAACAAGAAAACUCUGAAGAGGAACAGAACCGUGGCCAGAAACGAGAUCGAGAAGAAACGGCCACCACCACGACGGCCACUGCCACUACCGACACAAGUGAAGGCAAAGAACUAGCCAUAAUCCCUGGAACGGAAGGUGAAAUCACGAGAAGACCACGAGGCAGACCCUCGGGUUCCAAGAACAAGCCUAAGCCACCGAUCAUCAUAACCCGUGAUAGUGCCAAUGCCCUCCGAUCCCAUGUUAUGGAAAUUGCCAACGGCUGUGAUAUUAUGGAGAGUGUUUCUACUUUUGCUAGACGAAGACAAAGAGGGGUUUGCAUUUUGAGUGGGAGCGGAACUGUGACGAACGUAACCUUAAGGCAACCUGGAGCUCCUGGUGCAGUCGUGACUUUACAUGGAAGAUUCGAAAUUUUAUCACUUUCUGGGUCAUUUUUACCUCCUCCAGCACCACCGGCUGCAUCAGGGUUGACCAUAUAUUUAGCCGGUGGUCAAGGUCAGGUAGUUGGAGGAAGCGUGGUGGGUCCACUUGUUGCUUCAGGUCCGGUGGUGAUCAUGGCAGCUUCUUUUGGUAAUGCGGCGUAUGAAAGGCUUCCAUUGGAGGAAGAGGAGCAGCCGGUGGCGCCGAUUCCUGGAAGUGGACCCUUAGGCUCACCUAGUAGCAUGGUCGGGCAACAACAACAGCAGCAGCAGCCACCACAGCAGCAGCAACUAUUGCAAGAUCCCAACGGAUCGUUUGUUCAAGGGUUGCCACCAAAUCUUCUAAACUCAGUCCAAUUGCCAGCUGAGGCCUACUGGGGCACAGGUCGUCCCCCUUAUUAACAAAAACAGACAGUUUCGGGUUCUUUUUUCUUUUUUUAUUUCUCCUUAAUUUUUCCCUUUUCACCUCUUGUUAGUUUGA